CUGGACUCCUUUCAGUGCUUGUCUUUUCUCUCUUUUACACAAAUUCCAUCCUAACUCAGCAUAAAACUACAACCCUAUCUUGUGCAAAAUGGGUACCAACAUUAUCCCCGGCUCAGUCUCUGAUAUACUUCAGACUGUCCAAGAGACUAGAAAGCACUAUAGAAGGGUCGAGAGCGACCCGGAUCUCGAUGACGCUUUCCACAAGUCUGGUCAAGCACUGCGUUUUGUGGAUGAGGCGUUGCAAUACCUGAAGUCGGUGCCUAACAGAGAUCUACUCUCUAGUGAGUCUAAGAACUCCCUGAAAGCCUGUGGAGAAAAAGCAAGGGUUUCUAUGCGUGUCUUCCAGGCCGUCGCGGAGGGGAGCGCAACUUCGAGGUUCAGGAGCUAUAAAGACGCGGUGAAAAACGAAAGAGAGAAGGUGGAAUGCUUGUUAAUCGAAAUGAUGACAAAUCUAUGCUCUUCGAUCCCAGAGGAACAACCAGGUUCCCAUUUCAUCGCGAGCGACGCGGCAAACCAAUUCAACAACCUCGGAAGCGGCACUCAGAAUAACAAUCCUGGCAAUGGCAACCAGUUUCCUGGAGCUAUUUUCAAUGGUUCAUUGCAUUUUGGCAAAUGCUCACCUCAACAUGAGGGCUGAUUAAGCAGGCUGGUUACAAUCUAGAAUAGGGAGCA